CGACAACAAACACAGGGAAUGGACGUGCGAGCGAUGGCGAGCUGAGGGGCCGCGGGAGAGCCCAGCGGCGGUCGAGCCCCGGCGGGGCAGGCCGAAGCACCGCGGGGCGCGGGGGGGGGAAGGAGGGCGCGCCGAGGCGCGAGGCGACGCUGCGGACGAGCCACGAGCGGACGUCUGGGCACCGCCGCCGCCGCCGCCAGUGCCUCUUCGGCCGCCGCGGAGGCCCAGGCAGCGCUGGCGGGGCUCGAGCUCGGCGGCGCGGGAUCGGCGCCGCCGCGCUGAGGGGGCGGUGCGGGCGGCACUGGACACCAGCCAGUGGCCAAAGCGGGGCGGCGAGCAGCCGCGGCGCGCCCGCCGAGGGGGGGGCAGGCGCGG